CAUCGACUUCCUUCCUCCCCAUUCGCUCCCCCGCGCUCUCCUCCCUCUCUCUCCCACCCAGUGUGCCAUUGUCGAGUGUCUCCUCGGCCGCAUUCAAGAUGACCAUCAACCCGACCUUCCUUGCGCAGCGCACGCGCUCCUCUGCCAACUGGGGCGAUGCGAAGCGUCGUGUCCUCAAGACCUACAGGGAAUGGCUUAGAGCGUCCCCCGAGAUUCAGACCAUGUACUCUCUGAACAUGCCCGUCUCCGUGAUCCGGACCAAGAUCCGCCAGGAAUUCGAGAAGCACCGCUACGUCCAGCAGCUGAAUGUUGUCGAUGUGCUGCUGUACCAGAGCCACGCUGAGUUCCAGGAAACCCUCAACUACUGGAAGCAGCUGUCGCAUGUGAUGAAGUACUUCCGGCCCGAGGAGGACCCCGGUGCUCGGCUACCCCCCAACUUCAUCUCGGGCUUCUUGGAAGGCCGCAAUUGAUUGUCAUUUAUCAUACCUCGUAUUAUCUUUUUUUUCCCGUUAUCCUUAGCAUUGAACGUUAUUAGGCUCUGGCUCUGGCUGUGGCUCUGGGCUGAUGCCGAUAGAGUGUUAUGUAAAUAUUGUCGGAUUGAUGGUUUGCUCUGUUUGGUAGAUAUGUAGAGUAAGACGGAUAUGCAUGCUGCCAUUGUACUGCAACAAGUCUAUGCAGUGUAUCUAGACCGCUACUUUUAUAUACAACCCAACAAUACGAAAACGCAACAA